AGUCGUCAUGAAAUAAGACACGAGAUCAACGUGCUGUAAUGAGAUAGUACAAGAUAUUCAAACAAAUUAAUAUAAUAUUUAAUACUAGUUUCUGUGUAACCACUUCCACGAGUUUAUGUAAUAUUUCGAAUUAAAACAUUAUAAAAUGCAAUUAAAACAAAAAAAUGUGAAAAAAGAUUCAUCUAUGGAAUUAUAAUAUAGCCUCAAACAAAGAGAGAGGAGGAGGAUCAAAUAUUCAAAGCCGAGAGGAUUGACCAAAGAACCGACAUGAUAAAUCAUAUGUAGAAGCAAAUCUUGGAGUGUUUGACCACUUCCAAAGUCAACUCUCCUUCAAGUGGGUUACCUUUUUAACUACAAACAAAACACAAAGACCAUAAAGACUAAUCCCUACCUCUCUAUAAAUCAUUACACUUAAUACGACAAGUCAUAACUUUCCAGCUUGAAUACAAAUCUCUCUAUUUCUCUGCAAAAAAAAAUGGCAAAAUCUCUCAUCAAUUCUUGUAUCCCUAUCCUCCGUAGACGCCAAGCAAUAGUCACGCUAGUUUUCUUUGAGCAAGGAUCCACCAAAACCCUAUGUGACUCAAAGAAACACGUCGCCGGAGAGAUCAUGUUCGAGUUUCCCGAUCAAAUCGUGUGCCAUGCAGAUUCAUUCUUCAUCGGCCGUCCCGUUCCAGCUCUAGCCAUGGACGACUAUCUACUCCCAGGUCAAACCUACUUCGUCUUACCGAUCGAACGUUUCGCCUAUAGAAUCUUAACCACUUCGUGUCUCUCCAUCUUCAACUCUAAUCUUGAUGAAAAAGUUCCGUCUACUAAUCAACCAACGUUGAAUUUCACCGCCCCGUCGAGUCCACCACCGUUCGAGUAUUCUAAGGGAGUAAACGGGAAGGUUUUGAUAAAAGUUUCUCCUGUUUUUAUCAUGACUCUUAUAUGUAAAAACAGAAACAUGCGCACCAAAGGAGAGGUAAUAAUGGAGUGUGGUGAAAGCAGUGAGAUUUGUAAUUCUCCCGAGCUAAAGAAGCAGUAUGAUCAGCUUGUGGGAACGAGAGAACACAUAUGGUCACCCAAGUCGCAGACGAUCUCGGAGCAUGAGACUAGGGUUUCUCCAUUAAGGUUCUUGGGGAUUAUUCGAAGGCAACAAGAAGUGAAAUGACUAUUAAGCUACGAAAAGUAUUCAUAGUUCUUCUUUCGUAGUUGUUCUUUAAAACAAAACAAAAAAACAAAAAUUGAAAGAUAAGAAAGAAAGAAAAAAUUUAGUGUGGUUAGUUAAAUGUGUGGUUGGUAUUGUUUGGUUGGUUACAAGUUAGUCCAAGUUGACAAUUGCAUGUUUUGUAUUAUUUCCACAAAGUAACAUAUUAAUUUGCGAGGUGCUCCAGCAUGUACAUAUGAAAAAUGGUGAUAUGAUAUUAUGAUGGUUCAUCCUUGACAAUUCAACUCUGCUCGCACGUCAAUUCGUUGUAACCUUUGAAUACUUUAUGGCUUCGUUUGAUGGUCUUCAGAAAUGAGAAGAUGAUUUGGUUUAUUAUUUUUUGUUCAGCAUGAGAAGAUAUAUUAAAUAAAACAACUAACAACUUAAUUAUCUCUCACUCUCUCAGGCCAGUUCUAUGUAUUGGAUUGCCUUUAAAGAAUAAUUAAGAUUAAUUGUUAUCCCAUAAAAAGGAAUAUAAAAUUACAAAAUAUAUUAACCUGGGUUUUGAACCCUUAACAUACAAUGUUAUAAAGUUGUACAUAUUACUUCACUAUAAGUUUGUAUUUAUGUAACGAUGCCCUAUAGAAUUUGGGCUAUAAUAGUAAACCUAAAUAGAAUUAAGAGAAAUGUAAUAAGAAAAAACGAAUGUAAUAGAAAAAUGAAAAAGAUUCACUUCGUUUGUUUUUAUCAUAAUUGUUGUGGAAUAUUUUUAUUUGCAUUUUUUAGUUCUUUUUAAAUUAAUUGAAUAUUCAAUUUCAUAGAAUCAAGGGGAUAAAGUAGAUGGAAUGAAAUUUAUGGAAUCAGUUUAAAAAUUGAAUAUAUUCAUUCUGUUCAUUCAAGAUCAAAAUUAUAAAGAAAUGUUUAUGAAUGCUUUUCUUUGUAUUUUUUAGAAUGUUUGUGAAAUUGAUGGAAGGGGUAUUAUAUUAUAUUCAAUUUAAAUUGUGAGAUCAAUAAUAGAACAAAUGGACUAAGUUAUUCCAUACCAUUCUUUUCAAAAAAGAACAAUCUAGUUGCAGUUAAAAAUUUUAUAUAGAAGUGAUUAUUCCAUUUCAUGAAAUGGAAAUCAAGUUGCAGCCUUGGUGUCUGGAAUUAGUGUUUUAACUUAACGCAGGCCAUGUAUCUCGUAAUUCUUUGAAUAAUGAUUGCCACUUUAAAUUUUCUCCAUUGCUAAUAAAAUGUCAUUUUAUUGUCAACGCAGGUGGCUUUCUAUUAGAGGGAAGGAUACGUAAAGGGAAGGUUUCGCACUUGUUUCUAUUAGUGUUUAUCUACUUUCAAAUGUCAACUGAAUACUUUUACGGUUUUACCAAAAAAAAGUCAUCUGGGUAAAAUACCCGAUUUGUAUAUUCUUGAGACAUGUGCUUUUCACAUGUUUAUUUAGAGACGCUAAAACGCACGCAAUCCUCUGGUCAUUAGCACAUUCUCUUCAAAUAUAGAGUGAUCAUAUAGUACAGUGUAGAUUAUAGUAGUGUGUUUUCUAAAACACGCAAAGAAGAUGAUUAUAUAUGUCUUUCGUUUUAGAACCAAAAUUAUUAGAAGCAGUGAUAGAUACACAUUGCAUCCGAGUAUAGCAAUCUAGCUGAUACAAAUGCAGUAGUAAGGAAUUUUCGAUGUACAUUUUAGAUUGACAUGUCUGAAUACGAUCCAGAAAUUUUUAAAAUAAUAAAAAUCGUGCUUAAGUCUCCAAGUGUAAUAAGUUAAUGCUAAGAGCAUCAUUUUACUACAAGUUUUUAUGUAGAGAUCGGGUUCUCUUCUUCUAAUCCUUCCCAACAAAACCCAGCUAGGGUGCAGAGCGCAAUAACUUCUACAAGGCAUUAAAACCACUUGACCGUUUACACUUGAUGCAUACGCAAAGGCUUCAAAUUAUGUAAUAUAUAUAUAUAUAUAUUUGGCUGUAUAAAUGACUAAUUAAGCCACAACAGUAGAUGCAUGAUAUACUUAACUUCUACUAUUAGCAAAACCAUUAAACAGUAUAAGUAUCUUACAUUGAGUACUUGACUUCAUAAAAUAGAAGCAUAUAGAACUAAGGGCAAUGCGCCAAACUCAAAACUCGAUCCCUUCCUUAUGCAUUCGACGCUAAACCAAACACCAAACCGUGUCAAGACAUCCUUAUCAUGAACCGGCUAGUUUGGGUACAGGUCCUUAAAUAGAAAAGAGGUAUACAAAGAGGAAACUAGGCGCGUGAGCCCAACGCAUGUCGGAGAGAAGUGAGACAACACGCCACAUUGCGCCGAUUAGGCAAAGAAGCAUUCGUCUUUUGGCUUCGAAUGGCAUGCAGAUCAUAAAAACGCAGAUCAAAUAGAAAACGCAGAUCAAGCAGAACAAAUACAGAUCAUGCAGAACAAAUGCAGAUCAAAUCUGUAUGACGUGUAUUAAGUUUUACGUUUUGUCCACGGUUAGAUGCCAUAUCUAUAAAUUUUAAAAUAAUAUUAGUUCAAUUAUAUGAACAUAGAUAUAAAAAAAAUGAUAAAACUAAUUAAACAUAAGAUUAAAAUAAUGCAUGUGUUAUAAUGCGUAUAAUAAUCAUUUUAAAAUAAUAAUUAAUUAUAAAAAUAUUUAAAUUUAUAAUUAUAUGCAAAUAAUACACGCAAUAUAAAUAACAUGCAUAAAAUUAUUAAAUUAAGAAAGGUUAUCCGAUCCGUUAUAUGCAUAUAUAUACAUAUAUUUAAAGAAUUAUAUAAAAGUUAUAUAAAUUUUAUAUUUAUAUAAAUUUUACAAUAUUUUAUUUACUGAAUUAGUAAAUUAUUUAUUAGAAUUUUCAAAAGUAAAUAAUUUUUUUUGUUAUAAAAUAUUAUUAUUUUAUAUUAUUUUAUAAUAUUUAUAUUAUUUUUUAUUUUAAUUUAUUUUCUAAUAUAUUUUUAUUUUUAUAGAUCGAAUCGGAUAUCCAGUCAAAAUCUAAAAUUUUCCGGAUAUUAGGGACAUAGAAUAUUAAGGGGGAUACGGAUUGAAUCAGAACAUAUAAUUGAUUAUUCGGACGAAACAGAUUGGAUCAUCCGGAUAUCCGAUAUGUGUUCACCCCUAUUUUGAAUAUGUAUAUAUAUAUAUAGGUGUUUGUCAAAUUUAAUAAUAUUAUUUUAUAUAUACAGUAUGUCAUUUUAAUUAUUUGUAUAAGAAAAUUCAUCUUAAAUUCUUUAUAAAAAAACAAAACAAAAAACUUAUACUUAAAGAUGAAUUUUAAUUUGUGAAAGAAAGAAAUAAAGUAAUAUGAAAUAUUGAUAACUAAAGGAGAAAAAGUAGUUGUCAAAAACAAAAAAAAAAUGAACACUACAUUCAUACCCUUUGUCUCGACUCCCUCCAUUAUUGGUUUCCUUUUGGUUCAUUGUAAACAUUUUUUACAUCUCUUGAGCCCCGUGCCUUCUGCUCCUUUUCUUUAACUUUGUCAUAACUCUACUGUUACAUGCUUUAUUUUCUAGGUAUAUUAUUUUGAGAGCAUUGUUACUUUUUGUUAACUUCCGUAAAAUCCUUUAAAUUUUUAGUUUUUUUUUUGGUUUUGUUGGUUUUGUUAUCACAAUCACCUCAAAGAUUCGUACGUAUUCAAGAGUUAAUUCCAAGUUUUUUAUGGAGUAUACAAUAUUUUUUCUUUUGCAUUCUCUCAAGUGUGUUUUGUUUGAUAACCUAAAUACAUUGAGCAUACUUUCUAGUGACACUAACAAGGGAUAUGCUUACGAAUACAAUUUUACUCAAUGAAAUCUAACACCCAAUAUACAAUUUUCUAUCAUUCCAGUUAGGCAAAAAGUCAAUAGAUCAGGUAGAACAUACAAGCAUACUUUUCAGCCCAAAAAACACUCACACAGAAGCAUACUUAUAAAACAAACAUGGGUUUAUGGCCUUGUUAAAAAAAAAACCGUGGGGACAUCGCUUAUUCUCUCUUGUGCUUGUUUGGUUCUUGGCAAGAGUGCCGGCAAUUCUAUGAUUGAUCGACUUGCUGCUAUUCACCUUCUUAAGGUUUGUCUAUAGAUUUGGAUUUAGAAGUGUAGCUCUAUCUAAGUGAUUGGUCUAGUGUCUCUUUGUGUUGCCUUUUGUUUGGGCUUGAGUCUCCCUUGUAUGGGCUAUGGUUCCGGGGAUGUUAAUCGUUUCCGCCGGCUGUUGGACGUUAUUUUGUAUGUUUUCACUGCAUCAAUAAAAUUCAGAUGG